AUGUCAAUUUUUGGAAAACAAAUAAAUUUUAUUGUAUUCUUUGGUUUGGACGGUUCACAAAGACUUGAACUUUUUAAAUGGUUAUUGGUAACCAUGGCUAUCUUUUUGACAGCCAUCCCUACAAGCAUUUUAUCUCUAGCGCAAAAUCGUAAUCGAUCCUUAGCUUUUACCGCAGUAAUAUCACCAGAAGAUAGUCAAGCUUUACCAGGAAUUGUUUUAACUCCCCAUCUUACACUUAAUGGUGAAUUUGUAUGCGUUAUGUGCGCAUGGAUGAUUACUUUGUUUGGUGUAUUCAAUUUUAUGCGAAAAAAUAACAUUGUUGGUCAAUUUUUCUCUAUGUUCCUUAUUGCAUUCACUGUGAUUCAAACUGUUACCGCUGCAUAUAACGUACUGUUCAGUAAUAGUUGGAUUUUUAAAAUUCUAAGUGGUUCUUUACAAAAAGCUUAUAAUUUGGAUCCUGAUCUGAUAAAAGAAUUCGAAUAUGAGUUUUCAUGCGAUAUAAUUAAUCGACCUGGUGAAUUUUUUAAUGAUUGUUAUAAUACCGUUUUAAUGAAUCGAUUUGGUCCCCAAUUGUUUUAUAUUGCCAAAAUUAUAUUUUUUUCAAGAUUGGUUCAGUUGAUAGGUGUCCUUAUGCAUACCUUUAUAUUCGAUUGUAUCACAAUGUACGACAUACGGCAGCAUAUUUAUGGAGAUGAUGGCGAAGAAUGUCCAUAUGGGAAAGAUAAAGACAUCAUAACUAACACUAAUGCUGAUGUUGAUAUAUCAGAUGAUCAAUUUGAUUCAAAUUCUUCCUUAACAAGUUGGUAA